AUGGCUACACUUGCCGUCACUGUUGUUGUUGUCGGCGUGUGGCACAAAACCCAGGACUAUGUCCUGGCGAUUAUCGACUGUAGCCAUCUCGUGUGGUCUGGUUUGAAAGGCAUGCCACUCUGGAAAAUGUCGUCGCAGCCCGAAUUUAAUCCCGAGCAUUUAAAUGAAGACGUCGUGCGGAUGCGGACGCUGUGGGUGAACGAGCUCCACGCCCCUGAGAUCCUGCAAUACAGCGACGAAAUGGUGUCCGAGAUGCUCGAGCAAAUUCGCAAUCAGCAGGAAUACGUCGACUCGAUGAAUGAAGAUCGUGACCAGCUGACAGAGCAGAAAUGCUUGGUGAACAAACUCUAUCAGAUGGAGAUUGACCGACUGCGGUACAUGGUCUCGUCGUAUCUCCGCACGCGUCUGCGAAAGAUUGAGAAGUUUGCCUUUCAUCUUUUGGAAGACGAUGAACUGAUGCAACGCCUGUCGGUGAAAGAACGCAGCUUUGCCCAGCAAUUCAUGAUGCUCUAUGAGUCGCAUGUGAAUGAUUUGGCACUGAGCAAGCUUGACGAGGAGUCUCGGUCGCUAUCUGCUGAAGGCAUGGUGCUCAAGCCGAAUUUGGACGGCUUCGUGUUCUGUCAAGGCAAGGACGCAGGCGGUGUGCAGUGCGACGACAAGGGAGCAAGUUUUGUCCAAGUCGCUUCGUCGGAUCGCUACGUGCUGCGUUAUCGUAGCGUUCAGGCGCAUGUCGAGUCCGGCGCGAUCGAGCUGAUCUAA